AUGGCGUACAGUGUUGUAUCCACUGAAGCAACGGCGGAGCCUCCUCGGCGAGGCGGUCAGCGCCUCCUCAGCACCGUCUGGUGGCUGGCCACACUGGUGUUGAUGAAUGCCUUCUGCGGACACAUGCGUGCUUGCCUCAUGAUCAAGUCUGAGGUGGAAAAGAUCGAGAGCGCCGAAGACCUCAUACGUCGGCCGCAGACGGUGCCCUAUAUGUGGAAGGGAACGUCGUAUGUUGCCACAGUAACAAACUCGACCAAUCCUGCGCUGCGCAAACUCGGCCGCAUUGUCGGUGACCGGGGCACCGCCGUUCCCGUGCAAGUGCUAUACGGGAGGCCUCUACUGGAGAAAGUGGCCCAGGGCCGGGCAGCCAUAAUCAGCGACGCGACUUCGCUCGCCUUCCAGGUGUCUUCCAAGUGCCGGGAUUUCAUCGGCGCCGAGUACUACUUGGCCCGUGAGGGGCUGGUGUCCCAUCCACUCAACAGCUUUGCUCGCAAGGACAUCGAUCCGGAACUAUUCGACAACAUCAAUAAAGUCAUUCGGCGGCUUCUGGAAGCUGGUCUGGUCACCUACUGGUGGGGCCUUGCCAUGGGCGAAAUGGGCCGCUGCGGAGGAAGCUUGUCGUCUUCGGGUCCCGAGCAGCCGUCGACGCUGACUUUCGACGACGUGCUGGGCGUGUUUGUGCUGUGGCUCGCAUGCGUCGCUGCCUCCUGCCUCACAUUUUUAGCCGAGACCAGCGUGCCGGGCGCGAUGCACCGGACAACAUCGAAGGUCAACGUCACCGGAGACAUUUUUGACCUGGAUGACUACCCUCUCCGACAGAUGUCUGUAGUCACCCAUCGCAUCAACACCGGGGAUGCUAGCCCCAUUCAUAGGCGACCUUAUCGCUUCUCCAAAGCGGAGUGGGCCAUCGCACAGAAAGAGGUCGACAAGAUCAUGAACAAGGACAUUAUUGAGCCUUUAAGCAGUCCCUGGACAUCCCCGGUUGUCUUGGUGAAGAGAAACUCUUGGCGAUUCUGA